AUGGCUCGUUCCAAACAGACAGCUCGGCAGUCAACAGGAGGAAAAGCCCCAGGGAAUCCUGACAUGAUGGAAGUAAAGAACAACAGCUUUAGGAUUGCUAAAAGGCCAUAUAGAUACAGGCCAGGUACUGCAGCACUAAGUGAGAUCAGGAAAUACCAAACGAGCACAGAAACAGUGAUAAAAAAACUUCCAUUCCAGAGACUGGUGAAAGAAAUAGCUCGAAAUUUAAAUGCGGAUAUACGGUUCCAGAGCACUGCUGUUGCUGCUAUCCAAGAAGCCGCUGAAGCUUUUCUCGUUGGUUUGUUUGAGGAUACGCAUUUGUGUACUUUACAUGCCAAACGAGUGACCAUCAUGCCUAAGGAUCUCCAGCUUGCUAGGAGGAUUCGAGUUUUUGGGGAUUAA